UUGAACCUUGGCACAGCUUUCUCCAUAGCAACUGAAAACUUUUCAAGGCAGGAAUAAACUAAUCCUCUCCAGCUUCCAGAGCACCAUCAAGGAAUUUUAAAAACAUCAGACUUUCCAGCAGCUAAAUACUUUUGGGGAUUCAAAAGGCCAUAAAGCUAGAAGUACAGAGUCAUCCUUUUUUUUUUUCUACUGAAGGGUUCAACUUUAAGCUGUGAACUACACACCACAUUUCAACCCUCAACACGGACAUAUAGGCAAGGAGAAAAUGUAUUUUCUGACCAAGUAUCUAGCUUGGGUGGUGUGUUCAGCUUUCAUAUUUGGUGUGGUUACUGCAGAAGCACAGCCUAGGAAAGAGCACAAGCAAGAAAGCAGCUAUACUCCAAGCCAAGGCUAUCUGACAGAAGUUUUACGCAUUCUUUCAGCUGACAACUACACUGAGAUCCACAAGAAUCAUUCAAGAAAACUGAUCAAAAUAUUACUGGAGAGAACUGAAUGUCCACAGUGGAUUUAUGGGAUACAGGAGGAUUGUAAUCUGUGCCUUGAACCAGAUGCUUUGUUAUUAAUAGCCGGUGGAGAUUCUGAAGACUAUCUCAGUGAAGAAAUAUUCCAGAAAAUUUCCAUCAUUCUUCUCUAUUAUAUUAUUCAUCAAAAAGAUAUCUGUUCUUCACACCUCAGUCUGAGUAACAAGGAUUAUAAAUUUUAUCUACACAGCAUGCUCAGUUUAAGGCGUGAUGAAAACUGCUAUUAUUUCUCACGGAAUGAAACUGAAGAUAUUUUGGCUGCAAUAAGACAACAUUUUAAAAUCCCUGAAAGCCAGUGUGUUGAUGUAAGCAUUGUGGAGAAAGCUGCUGACAUAUUGGACAGUGAUGGUGCUGAUGAAAAUACACUUCCUCGCCUGGCUGCUACAAUCAUUACUUUGGCUCUCCAAGGAGUCUGCCUCGGGAAAACACAUUUGCCCUCUCCAGAUUUCUUUGUAAAAUAUAUUUUCAAUUCUCUAAACAGCAGUAAUGAACUUCAAGUAACAGAAAUAGAUCAACUUCUCAGCAGGCUGAGGGAUGGAAGAACUUGCAACACAAAUGGACAAAUGAACAAAGGAAGACGUCAUGGCAUGACAGUCAGAGAUGUUGAAUAUUUAAAGAUUCCAAUCACAUCAAGACAGACGAAUGGAGAAAAUAUAAGUGGUUAUCGUGAAGAUAAUGAAAACAGAGCUGACUGGGAUCAGGCUUGCUUCACUGCCAGUGAGUUUAUGAAGAUAUUUUUACAAAACAACUCUUCUUCCAUUUCCAAGGAACACUUCAAGGAAAUCAGUCCAGCCAUCAUUCAGCAACUACUAAGUUGCUCCUGUCAGCUUACAGAAUCAAAGCAAACAAAGCUGCCACCAACAACUCUGGAAAAGUAUGGCUACAGCACUGUUGCCGUUUUACUUAUCACUAUUGGAUCUAUGUUUGGUACAACCCUCAUUUUCUUCAACUCCUGUCAAGAAAUCUAUACACUCAUUUUACAGCUGUUUGUGGGUUUAGCUGUUGGGACCCUCUCUGGAGAUGCCCUGCUACAUCUUAUUCCACAGAUUCUUGGUCUACAUAAGCAUGAAGUUCAGGAGAUGGAACACAUCUAUGAAGGGAAAGAAUAUGUUUGGAAAAUGUUGGGAAUGAUUGGAGGAAUUCAUGGAUUUUUUCUGAUAGAAAAAUGUUUCUUUCUUUUGGUAUCACCAAGUGAUCAGCAGGGCCUUUCCUUAGUUAAUGGUCACUUGGGGCAUUCCCACGAUCUUCCAGUGGAAUCUGAAUUAAAUGACCAUUCAGGCAGAGGCAAAUCUACUUCAACCAUACAGUUGAGAAGUCCUGAAGAUUCUGAGUCUGAAGUUCCUCCCGACAGCAAGGUGACAAGCAGAAAGAGUAAAGGAAUUAGUUUGUUGGCGCUAAUGGUUUUGGUGGGUGACAGUCUUCACAAUUUUGCUGAUGGCCUGGUAAUAGGAGCAGCAUUUUCAUCCUCAACAGAAACAGGUGUGACCACGACGAUUGCUAUCUUAUGCCAUGAAAUUCCCCAUGAAAUGGGAGAUUUUGCUGUGCUGUUAAGUACAGGGCUUUCCACAAAAAUUGCAUUAUUAAUGAAUUUUGUAAGUGCACUAACUGCCUUCAUAGGGCUUUAUAUUGGCCUUUCAGUAUCAACUGACUCCUGUGUUCAGAACUGGAUUUUUACUGUCACAGCUGGAAUGUUCUUGUAUUUAUCAUUAGCAGAAAUGCUUCCUGAAAUGACUCACAUUCAGACACGGCGACCCUGGUUGAUGUUUCUUUUACAGAACCUUGGAUUAUUGUUAGGUUGGCUUUGCCUCUUUCUUUUGGCUAUAUAUGAACAGAAAAUUAAAAUAUAAAGCUUCUACUGGAAAUCUCUAAAUAUCAGUCAUGAAUUUCUAUAGCCUUAUUUCCAUUUCUCAUGCCUGCUAUAGUGAUUUAUAAAUUAAGUUGGUUGGAUUUUCAUAUCUAAAGCUAAGUAGGUAACAACUUCAUUUUAUUAACUUAUUGUUCAGAUUUUGUAAUUUUUUAAAACAUGAAUGUUUAGAUAUAUGUUUUAUUUGUUAUUGAGUUUACCAAAACUCUAAUGAUCAGACUUACAGGCAUUUCUGGUUAGUUUGUUGAGUCCAUUCUAGUUAAAUGCUUCAAGUGACCCUUGCUACUCUGAAUGAAGAAAAGAAUACACAUUUUUAUAUACAAUAAUCCAACUGAAAAGGAACAUAACUGAAGAAUUUGAAAUAUAAAAUCUUGUUAUUUCUUAAUGCCAAGAAUAAAUUUCUAUGAAACUGAAAAAUAUAGUCAAGCUGAUUUACUGAGUUAAAUACAACACAGACUCAUUCCAAUACAAAGUGCAUUAUCUAUCUUGCUGAUGUACUGACAAAGUUUUCUGGUCAUAUCUUGCUGGCCCAUUGUCCAAAAUGAAACAAUGUCAAACAAGUGUUAAAGUGACACUGUGACAAUAUUGGAACACAGUCAAACAAUAUCAGAAUAUCCACUUAUGUCUACAUUGUAUCAUGUAUAUUAUGCCUAUUGGGAUCUAUGGAAGCCAAUCAGUUCAUUAAAUAAUGUCAUUGGUCAGAAAGU